UCCCCCCCCUCCCCUCCUCCCCCUCCCCCCCCUCCUCCCUCCCCUCCUUCCCCUCCCCCUCCCUCUCCUCCUCUCCUCUCCCCUCCUCCUCUCCCCCCUCCCCCUCCCUCCUUCCCCCCCUCUUCCCCCCCUCCCCCUCCCCCUCCCCCUCUCUCCCCCCCUCCUCCCCCCCCCCCUCCCUCCCCCCUCUCCCUCCCCCCUCCUCCCCCCCCCCUUCCUCUCCCCCCCUCCCCUCCCCCCCUCUCCCCUCUCCCCCCCCUUCCCCCUCCUCCCCCCCCUCCCUCUCCUCCUCCUCCCUCUCCCUCCCCUCCCCCUCUCCCCUCCCUCCCUCCCCCUCCUCUCCCUCCCCCUCCUCUUCCCUCUCCCCCCCUCCCUCUCCCUCCCUCCCCUCCCCCCCCUCUCUUCCUCCCCCUCCUCCCCUCCCCCCCCUCCUCCCCUCCCCCUCUCCCCCCCCCUCCUCUUCCCCUCCCCCCCCUCCUCCCUCCUCCCCCCUCCCCCUCCCCCCCU